AAAUCAGUUACAUAGCGCCAAGAAGAAACAGAAUCUCAUCAACGUCGUCCUCUGUUACGUAGUAGAACCAUUCUCCUCUCUUCUCUUCUCUCUCGUUCUACUGCACAUUUGGGUUUCUCCUAUUCUUUCUGAGCUUUUGUGUUUCCGUUUCUUCUUCGCGAUCAAUCUCUGCUGGGUUUUGCUUCUUCUUCCGAUGGAUAAAGAUCCACCUUCAGGAAGAGACCUAAAGGAUUGUACUUUAAGUCCCAACGGUCUCGUCAAAGCAUCUGAGUUCAUCAGGCUAAUCAUCGACGCACUCACCUCCCUUGGAUUCAACGCCAUCGCUACCGAUCUAGAGAACCAGUCUCGCAUUCCUCUCCACAGUCCUGCAACCAAGCAGUUUCUCGAGCUAGUAAAGAACCGAGAAUGGGACAAAAGCAUCGACGCACUGAAGCAGCUUCAACUCCCUGACGAAACCCCCGUGAGGUUACUCCUACUAGAGCAAAAGUACCUCGAGUUUCUCAAGAACCAAAACGUCCCUGAAGCUCUCAAGACCAUACGGAAGAGUACAACCCUCGGUCUUGAAACACGUCUCCUUCACAAGCUCGCAUUCAAAAUGCUCAAGCCGGAUGAUUCUGUUGAAGAAGAAGAUAAGGAGAUUGUGAUGAAGAAGAAACUUCAAGAGCUUCUUCCUCUUGGAGUUAUAGUCCCAGAGAGGAGGUUGGAGUGUCUCUUAGAGAAUGACCUUCAUCGUCAGAAGAUGAACUGUGAUUUCCAUAACGUUCCAGAUAGUGAAUUCUCCCUAUUCUCUUAUCAUCACUGUCAUGAUCAGAAAAUCCCUUCACAGACUCUCCAGGUAUUGAGUGAACAUACAGAUGAAGUCUGGUUUUUGAGAUUCUCACAUGAUGGCAAAUGCUUAGCUUCUUCUUCUAAAGAUAAAACAGCUAUUCUCUGGGAGAUGGAUGCAGAUGGGAAGUUUACUCAGAAGCAUAAACUUGUGGGACACGAAAAGCCAGUUGUAGCGGUUUUAUGGAGUCCUGAUGAUCAGCAAGUGAUUACAUGUGGAGAAAACGAAGUCAUCAAGCGCUGGGAUGCUGGUUCAGGACAAUGUGUUCAAACCUAUGUAAGAGUUGGUCUUGGUUCCGUGUCUUGCGGUUGGUUUCAUGACGGUUCAGGUAUCAUCGGUGCAAUGUCAGACAGAAGGAUCUACCUGUGGAGUUUAGAUGGAGCCGAGAUAGAGCACGAGCAAGAACAACGUGCGCAAAAGAUGUCUGAUGUAGCCAUGACGAGUGAUGGGAAGCGGAUAGUAAGCGUGGGGAAGAAGCAGCAUGAGAUCUCGUUGUUCAGUAGAGAGACCAGAGCUGAGAGAGUGAUUCAACUAGAUGAGAAAGAGAUGAUUACAUCGUUCUCGCUUUCUAGAGACAGUAGGCUUCUUCUAAUAGAUCUCGCUUCACAGAAGAUCCAGCUCUGGUGCAUUGCAGGCGAACUACCGUUUAGGGUUGAGAAGUUCGACGGACACAAGCGUAGUAGGUUCGUUAUCAGGUCUUGCUUUGGUGGGUAUGAUGAAAAUUUCAUCGCUAGUGGGAGUGAGGAUUCUCAGGUAUACAUAUGGCACAUAGUGAAAGGGUUGAGACCUUGUCGUGUGUUGGGAGGACAUUCAGGAGUUGUGAACUGUGUGAGCUGGAACCCUGGUGAUAUUCAUAUGCUGGCUUCAGGGAGUGAUGAUAGAACCAUCCGGAUUUGGGGACUUGCCAAGAAGUAGGAAGUUGUGAUUUCAAUGGUGUGACUUUACUGCACAUUUUGAUUUCAUUUUGAAAUUCAUCCAUGUAUAUUGUUUGCAUUCUUUUGACUACAAUAGAGAGAUAAGAACUAAAGUUUGAAUACUAUUAGUGAGAAAAAUAUGCA